CUCCCUACCAGUCAGGCCCAUACCCCCACCACCCCAUGGGGCCCAUGGGACAAGGGGGCCCCCCACCCCAGCAGUACCCCGGAGCGGGACCCCAGCAGCCCGGCGGCCACUACCCUGGCUACAUGAACCAGCCAGGCCAGUACCCGCCCCACUCGGGGGCCGCCCAGGGCCAGUACCCCGGCAUGGGACAGCAGCCUCAGCAAGGGUACCCGCCCUACAGCGGAGGGCCCCAGGGGGCGCCCCACUAUCCUGGCCAGCCCCCCAUGGCGCCCCAGCCCUACCCCGGCCAGUACCCGCCGCACCAACAGGGAGCCCCAGGGGCUGCACCCCCGCAGGGAGCCCCCAACAUGGCGGCAGGAGGACCCCGCCCCCCCAUGCAACAGGCGGCAAAUGCCACGGGUGCAGGAGGCCAAGGGGAGUCCCAGGAGCAGCCGAUGAUGACCUCCCCGGCCCCACCCCCGGCCAGCAAGUAGAGGAGCAGCAGCAGGACGUCAGCGACCACCCUCCUACUUACACUCCACACCAUCAAGCCGUCACCUGAGCCUAGGACUGACUGGAGCAGGCAGAGCGGGACACGACCCAGUGCACUGCUGUUUGAAUUGGAAAAAACCAUGUACUGGGUUCUAGCAAAUUCAUGUUUUAUCAUACUUUGGAAAACAAGUUUAAAAAAAAUAAAAAAAUUUGGGCUAAGAUUCAGUUGAAAUUGUCCAUUCUGAACAUGGUUUGUGUAUUUGUUUAAUAUACAAGAUAUUCAAAGGUAUAUAAUUUAUAGGGAGCGAAGUAGGUGGGAGUGGUUGGAGGAGGAGGUGGAGAUCUGUAUUGACCAAAGUGUCUGUGCAAGUCACUGACAUUUGAAUGAAGAACGGUCGUGUUGGGUGUACGAUGUGCUCAAGUGAAGUAGAUGGUGUCCAGUAGAAGAAUUUGUGGGCUGACCGACCACGAGGAUGGUGGAGUGAAAUGAUUUUUGUGGAACAAGGGAGGGGAGGAAGGCGUGUAGGUUUUGGAAUAGAGGGACAGAGUAGAGUGGUUGAGGUUGUACGAGUGAUGAAAUGAGUGAUGGAAGGAAGUGUUUGUGAGGAGAAGUUAGUGGUGAGUGGAGUAAUCCUCAAGUCCCAGGAUAUGAUUACAGAAAAAAAAUGCACUCUCUCUGUUUCUCUCUCUCCGUUCUAGUGAGACAGAGGUCAAUUUAUCAGGUAGAACUGUGUUCUAAAUGAAGGGAGCGUCAUUGUUUUUUUCAAACCUGGCAAGGAGUGAGUGGAACCCAUGUGGGAGACCACGGUCUAGACUCGAUUGUGUAUUUGUAGAUAAAUACUUUGAAUACAGUACAGCAUCCAUUUCUUUUUUCCAUGUUGUUGCCUAUUGUCUUACUUUUAUUUUUCUAGGAACCCCGACUGACUGAGUGACACCUCAGGGAAACGGGGAAGGCAAAUUCUUUAUAUUUCAAGGGAAUUGUAAAUGAUUGUGGGGUUUUUCCGUAUUUGGUUUCUUUAUCGAAGAAUGAACUCGUUCUCAUUUCGGUGUGGAAGUUGUCUUUUUUUUUUGAUAGACCGAUAGAGAGAGAGAACAACUAGUGGGGUAUUUUUAGGGAGAGCUACCGUUGUAUGUGAACCAGAAAAGAGUGAAGUGCAGAAGGAAAUGUUGCACCAGAAGAUCUGUGUGUACAUACGUAACACGCGUACCACUUUUGUGCUCAUCUUUUGUGUAUCUCUCGGCGCUGUACAUACCAAUCCUAUUGUCAUUGUGUUUUGUAGCUGUUUCAUAUUUUUUAAAGUCCAUUUUUCCAAGUUCUUCAUUCAUAAAUAAUCCAAGUGUUUAUUUUCUCGCCAAAUCAUGUCACGAAAGUUCUGGAGAUGAGAAUCUUUUGUUGUUGGUCUUCUGCCGAGACUAAAGCUUGGCAUGUUUGAUUAAUUUCUUGUAAAUAUAUCCUCCACACGGCUGCUCAGUUGUUUUUUUUACCCUUUUUUUUUCUUUAGGGGUUGGGGGGUGGGGUUGCUCUUUUUCAGGGUGGCUGACAUCUAAGUCAUUUGUCGUGCACUAGACUGUUCCGGGUGGGAAUGUCUGUUGGGUUAUGGAGGGGCAGCAGUUGGCCUGGUAUUGUACAUCUCUGUCUUCAUGGAAUGUUUUAUUGUAAUCUUGGCCAGCUGCAGUGUUGCUCAUCUAGCAUUUUCUUUUCUAUGCUUUUUUUUUGACAGCUUAAAAAGUAAAAGGGAGAUUUUUAAAAACAACUUGAAAUUGUUUUAAGUUCAAAAGUGAGCCCCCCCCCCCUGCCACACCCCCACAGUUUUUCAGAAACUAUUGGGAAAGGCAUUUACAAUUUAUCUGUACAUGUUAUAUUUUUGUCAUAAAAUUAGUUACAGCUUUUUUCUUUCUCUUUUUAUUUAUUAGAUGUACAUGUCGUUAUUUCUGUUGUAUUGUUUAUUUUUAUUUGUGCACAAGGAGGAAAUGAUUAAAAAGCCGUAAUAAAGCAGUGGUGCUAAG